GGUACAAGCCUUUCUAGUGGUGACAGCAGAUAUCACUUCAUCCCUCCACAAUCAAAUAAGGGAAAGACAAUAUAUGCCAACCCUUUUCAGAUGGUCUUUCAUAAACAACGUAUCCACUGUAUCUGCACACCACCAGACCGAAGCCAGCUGCAUGGUCAUUCCUGGCGGCAAAUCAACCAAUACAAGCUUUUCCGAAUCAAUCCCGAUCGAGCGAUCGGAACCAAUCCGUGGUCAACUGGGAAAUGUCAAACGUCAAAUAGACCCUGUUGAUCAAUCUGAGACAAGCUUAAUUUAAUGGUGGUGGUGCUGAAACGGCGAGUGGAAGAGAGCGGAUCGACUGUUUCAGCACCCGCUCCGCAAUCUAUCCACAGCAGCCCUACUUAAACCCUCCCCCAGCCAGAAUCAUCUCCCACCCAUUAUUCUUUCUCAACUGUGCCGGUCACAUACCUUCAUUCAUUUAUUCAUUCAUUCAUUCCUUUACUCCUUCACAAUGAAGCCCCUUUCUCUUCUUGCUUUCCCCGCCUCCACACUGGCAGGCUCCGUUCUGUGGAGCGGUAUUUUCAACUCAUCUGCCACCGUCACCGACUUUGACGACUGGUCCUGGUCCAACCAAAUCGAGCCCUGGCAAUGGUACAUCCACGGCAGCGACAACACCUCGGAAUACCUGGGUCUGUCCAGCUCCUACAAGAACCCCGCUGCCAGCGACGCCCAAGGUCUACGCACCACCAUUGAUGGAACCUCCUUCUGGGAAGGCCAAACCAUGGAACGCACCGAACUCAUCCCCCAAACGACCUCCGACCUCGGCUCCGGCCACCUUUACUACCACUUCUCCCUCUCAACCUCAUCCACCAACGCCCCCAACGCCACCUACGAACACCAAAUCGCCUUUUUCGAAUCCCACUUUACCGAACUCCAAUACGGAACUGUCUCAGGCUCUUCAGGAUCCGAUAACACCCUCCGAUGGAACGCCGGCGGCACCACCCACUGGUCCGUGACUCUCGUGCCCGGGAACUGGUACAACUUUGCCUAUGAUAUCGAUUUCACCAAUCAGAAGGUCGGUCUCUGGGCGAGUAAUGGCUCCGAGGCAUUGACGGAGGUGGUCAGUCCCGUGAGUGCCAGUGCCAGCUCCAAUUCGGCCGAUUGGCAUGUCGGUGUGUUGCGGUUGGCGGGGAGUGGGACGAAUGAUGAUAAUGCUGAGGAUUGGUUCUGGAGUGGGGUUUAUGUCGAGGAGGAUAGCUUGACGAAGGAGAUUGGAGAUGGAUCUUCCUCUACUUCUUCUGCUUCUUCGAUUGCUGAAGCAACCACACCAUCCACCUCGACUUCAUCCUCUGCUUCCGCUGUGGAAACCACUUCCGCCGCAGAGACAACUACUUCUGCUGAAGUAACCCCUACCGAAGUUGUCGCCGUGCAGACUUCCUCUACCUCUACCUCCACCGCAGCACCUACCUCUUCAACAUCCACCGCUGCCCCCAUCAUCGCAACUCCCACCGCUACAUCUACCCCCUCCUCCUCCACUGCAGCAUCAGCAGCAGGAUCAGCAUCCGUAUCCUCCCUCCCCGUUCCCACCACGGCCGUCCAGAUCCUCGAUGACGUCAAGGCCCUGCUAGCUGCUCUGCUGACUCGUGGUGGUGGCGUGCAUGCUCGGGAUUUUGCCAUUUAGGUGAUUCUUGCAGUAUUGGUGAUAUAGAGUUAGGUAGUUAGGUACGUAGGUUAGGGUGGAAUUCGAGGUGACGGGAUGUGACUAGAUCAGGUAGCAUACUACUAUUUAUACUUAUAUAUUUGGGAUUAUUGGAUCUGAGUUAGAGGUCUUUGAUAAUGAGAGAGAUUGAU